UUUUUACUCCCCGGCCCGGCCUCAUCCCGGCUCGCUGUGGGCUGCCGGACGGACUUCCGGGAUGUGGAAGCUGGUGCCCGCCUCGGGAAAAGGAGAGCCAUAUCGGCUUUUAAGUGGUGUAGAAUAUGUUGUUGGACGCAAGAACUGCACAAUUUUAAUUCAGGAUGAUCAGUCUAUCAGUCGGAGUCAUGCAGUUCUGACUGUAAGUCAGCCUGAAACAAGCCCUAGUCAGUCUCUCUCAGUACCUGCAUUAACAGUAAGAGAUACCUCUAAGUAUGGUACCUUUGUUAAUGGAACAAAACUCAAUGGUACUUCAGUCUCUUUGCAGUCUGGUGACAGAAUCAACUUUGGAGUCUUUGAGAGCAAGUUUAGAGUGGAAUAUGAACCUUUGGUUGUCUGCUCCUCAUGUUUAGAUGUAGCUCAGAAAAAUGCUUUAAAUCAAGCCAUCCAGCAGCUUGGUGGCCUUGUAGUGAAUGAAUGGACAAAAGAGUGUACCCAUCUUGUAAUGCUAUCAGUAAAAGUGACUGUUAAGACUAUAUGUGCUUUGAUUUGUGCUCGACCAAUUAUAAAACCAGAGUUUUUUUCUGAAUUAAUCAGAGCUAUUCAGUCCAGGCAACAGUUGCCAAGUCAUGAAAGCUUUUAUCCUCCAGUUGAUGAGCCUUCCAUUGGCAGUGAAAACCUGGAUUUAUCUGAGCGUCAUGAAAGGAAAAAAAUAUUCAGUGGAAAAACUUUUGUUUUUCUAACUGCCAAGCAGCACAAGAAACUGGGUCCAGCAGUUGCUCUUGGAGGAGGGGAAGUAAAGUUGAUGACAGAAGGAAGAAAAGAAAUGCCUUUGCUACUUUCUCCUGGAGUUUGUGUAGUUGAUGUGGGUUUGACAAACUCUCAGACCUCAGGAUCUGUCUCUAUUACAAACUGGACUGAUUCCAUUCUGACUAUCUUGGAAAGCAAGAAUCUUAGAGCUAUUCCAGAGGCAGAAAUUGGAUUGGCAGUUAUCUUCAUGUCUACAGAAAAAUAUUGCAACCCUCAAAAGCAGCCUGCUUCCAAAGCUGUACCUGAAAGUUCUGCAUCAGCUGUCAAAGGCCGGGCCAUUUCCCAGAGUCUGGCUGUGGAUGAAACCAUAAUGCCAACUGCUGCAGAUAGCAGCACCUUAUGCAUAGCUGAUACAGAAGAGCAGACACGUAUGGAGAUAGAGAAUACUUCCCAGGUGCAGAGACAAAGGAAAAGGGCUUUCCAGGGUACAGCUGCUGUAAAGAAAAACAGCGGCACGAGUGGCAGUGUAAAUGCAGGAACAUCGAUACCUGGAGGGAGCAGAACAUCUGGGUUCAGCCAAAGAAGUCAGCCUGUCUCACCACCUAAGAGCUCAGAAUCUGACAAACCUUGUGUGAGUGCUUCACGUCACCAGUCGAACUCAAUUACAAAUUACUUCCAGGUUACUAGAAAAAGGGAAAGAGCUGAAGAAGAAGAAACAUCUGUACCCAAACUAGCAAAAUUGGAGGAAAGGUCAUCGCCUCUUCCCAAGGGCACUGAAUCCACAAGGUCCUCAAUCUGCAACAGUGAAGCAAAACAGCAUCAAAAGAGAAAUAACAUCCUGGACCCAAACCCCAGUUUUGCAGAAGACAUGGAUGUAAAGCUUAUGAGGGAAAGUGUCAAACUAACAAGUGAUAGAACAGACACUAAAACCACUUCUAGUGAAAAUCAUGCACCAAAAAAGAGAAAGGAAUUAGAUGAUUUAUCUGAAGAUAUAGAAACACUAGAAAUGGUGUUUGGAAGUGGAGAUGUAGACUGGGAAGAUCAAAUGGCAGAUCAUGACCAGGAAGCUGCAAGAAAUAAACGAAGAAAACCUUUGGAAGCCAAAGGUAGCAGGAUUCAAGAAGCAAAUGUAAAUCAGCAAGAGGAGAAUAAAGUAUUGAAAGAAGAGGAACUUGGAUCAGUUCUAACUUCAGAAAUGAAAAAUAAUAUCAAGCAAGAGUCACAAGACUUGAACCACAGCAAACUGGAAGAUGACUCCAGCAAUCUUCCUAGCAGGCUUUUGUUGACAGAGUUUAGAUCGCUGGUUGUCAGCCAUCCAAGACAGAACAGUCAUCUUCCUGGAAAUACCAGCUAUGAGGGAAAGAAAAAUUUCAAAAUGUUCAGAAAGGUAGCUUACCCUGGGGCAGGACAACUUCCAUGCAUUAUUGGAGGAUCAGAUUUGAUUGCUUACAAUACUAAGAAGAAUUCAGAGCUAGAAGACUGGUUAAGGCAAGAAUUAGAGGAACAAGACAGACGUGCAAGAGAAGAAUCACUUGCUGAUGAUCUCUUUAGAUAUGAUCCUAACGUGAAAAGAAGAAGAUAAAUUGUGACCUGGAUUUACAGUGUUUCUUUGGCAAAACCUGCUUUCUGUUGCUUAGGUUUCCUGGUUACAGUGUGUAUGAUAUUCCUAUAUAUGACCAUUUGAAUAUCUCUUAUUGUAAGACAUGUUUUGUAAGUCUUACUUUUAUUAAAGAAAAAGAAAAAUUCC